CUUGUUGAAGUGAGGACGCCACGCGCACAAUAGCAGUAAGACACACACACAGGUAGCUUGGUAAGAUGAAGGUGGCGACUAGUACAAGGGGCAUCGUGGUCCUCAUCGGCAGCAUGCUGCUCGUCUCGGCAUCGGCAGCCAGCAACAUACCUCUGGCGACGGGCGACGCCGGCUUGUCCGCCGACUUCCACGCGGCGUCAUGUCCGCAGCUGGAGAGCAUCGUUUGCGCCGCCGUGCAGGCCGCGCGGGCCGUCAAUGUGCAGGUCACCGCCGGCCUCCUCCGGAUCUUCUUCCACGACUGCCUUCCGGAGGGUUGCGACGCGUCGAUCCUUCUUGAGCCGGAGCUGAGCACGGGGCCCAACCAGUCGCUGCAGAAGAACGCUGUGGAUCUGAUCGAGGCCAUCCGAGCCAAGGUCAACGCCGCCUGCGGGCCCACGGUCUCCUGCGCCGACAUCAUCGCGGUGGCCACCCGCGACGCCGUGGCCCUGGCCGGCGGGCCGAUGUUCGCCAUGCCCCUGGGUCGCACCGACAGCCUGGAGGGCGCGGACGACGUGUCCAUGCUACCGGGCCCGGACAGCGACGUCGACAGCCUCCUCACCAUCUUCAACAGCAGGGCCCUGUCCGACCCGGCCGACCUGGUGGCGCUCUCCGGCGGGCACACCGUCGGCAAGGCCAGCUGCGGCUUCAUCCGGAACAACGAUCAGUUCAGCCAGUCGCUCGUCAAGCAGUGCAACGCCAGCCCGAGCAAGAAGCAGAGCCUGGACACCAUCACGCCUGACGUGUUCGACAACAAGUACUUCGUGGCUCUCAAGGCCAGGCACGGGGUGUUUGUCUCCGACCAGGGUCUCGCCGACCACCCCCGGACCAGCAGCCUCGUCACCACCUUCGCUGCCAACCAGACGGCCUUCUUCGCACAGUUCGCCAAGUCCAUGGUCAAUAUGGGCAGCAUCCCGGGGCCUGCAGGGGAGAUCCGCCGCAACUGCUUCAGGCCCAACAGCCGCGUCGACAUGGAUGUUGGCAGCUUCGGCGCCGUGGCCGACGAGUAGCUUUAAUUUGCUGUUGAUUCCGUACGUUUUGUCGUCGUAACAAGUAAUAAUAUAUGCCCGUGCAUUGAGCUAGCGGCUCGUGAUGAUCGUACGUGCUAUGUGAUGUACAACUACCGAGGUAAGGUUUGAUCAAUAAUGGUGUUAUUCGUCAAA